GUAUACGUAUACAUCAUGUAUUAUAUAGUUCAAUUACUAUGUAUUUUGUCUCUCUUCUUUUUAACCCAGGCUAAUGUACAUCACCACACUGCUUGUAGUACUGUUGGUUCACUGGAAGAAAUUAUCGAUUCUCUGUCGUCUACUGUGGAAGAAUUAACAGAUCUGGCUAAACAAAGAAUUACUGCAUUAGAAGGCCCUAUUUGUUCUAAACACGACGUGUAUCACUUCAUAGCGCCCACCUGUACCAAUGCAACACAAAUCAGGUAUAGAACUUCUUUACCGAUAGACUGUGCCGCCAUCUAUCAUCAAGUAAACCAAACAAAUGGCAUCUUCAAGAUAUGGCCACAUUUUCUGAACCGCCCAAUCUCUGUAUACUGUGAUAUGGAGACUGCAGGGGGAGGAUGGACGGUAGGUGAUCCAGAAGAAGUUUGAAAUGUCCAAAACAAAAAACAGUCUAAGUUAGAAGAAUGAAGGCUAUAGUAAACUGAGCCCACAUUGUUAAUUCUAAUAUUUUAAAAGUAUUUUCAAAGUAUCUUUUUUUUA